UUGCCAGCGGGGAGGCGCGGCGGCGGCAGCCGGAAGGGCGGGGUAGUCAAGCCUCACCCCGCCUGUCAGCGAGGGCGCCUGUCAGCACGGUGCUUUUGCUUGGCUCCGUGGGGCUUCCGGGCGUGGGAAGCAACCUGCUAGUGCUCGUCAUCUACCUCAAGUUACCGCGGCUCCGCAACCCCGCCCGCCUCCUCCUGCUCCACGUCAGCCUCGGCGAUCUGCUACCGUCCGUCCUCCGGGCCGCGCUGGCUUUCUCGUUCGCCCUGAGGGGCAGCAGGGUGGGGAGCACCGCGAUCGGCGAGUGGGCUUCAGCAACAGCCUGGGAGAGCAGAAUUCCAUUCACAAAUGCAUAUGUGAUACUUUUUGACAUUUGCUGCUAAGAUGAAACACAGAAAUGAACGCCGUAUACUUGUUUUAUUAUUCUCAGAUAUUAGAUGUACUUUAUCAUGGUUUUAUGCUACUGACCUAUAAGAAAAUAAUACUAAAAAAGGGUAGCAGUUGAAUACCUGGGACCUGCAACUUCAGUAUUUCUGGGAUGAUCUGGAAUAUCACAAGGAGAGAUUUUAUUACAGCAUAUUCACACCUUCUCUGAACCCUCAGCCCAGAUUCAUACACAUUUUCUUCAUUAGAAGUUGUCACCAGACACUUUUCCAGGAUGGCCAACAGUCUCCCAACAGAGUUUGAUGUGAUAGUGAUGGGGACAGGUCUGCCUGAAUCCAUCCUUGCCGCUGCAUGUUCAAGAAGUGGUCAAAGGGUUCUGCAUCUCGAUUCAAAAAGUUACUAUGGGGGAAACUGGGCUAGUUUCAGCUUUCCAGGAUUGCUGUCCUGGUUGAAGGAACAUCAGCAAAACAGUGACACUGGGGAAGAAAGCCCUGCUGCAUGGCAAGACAUGAUCCAUGAAACAGAAGAAGCCAUCCCUCUUUGCAAGAAGGAUGAAACCAUUCAACACGCUGAAGUUUUUUGUUAUGCCACUCAGGGCAUGGAUGGCAAUAUUGAAGAGCUUGAUGCUCUGCAGAAAAAUCCUUCUUGUGUAGCAUCUAGUACCCUCAUAAAACCUCUGAAUUCUGCAUGCUUGUCUGAGGAAACACACUCAUCACAUGUUACUAGCUAUGAAGUGCCUACACAAGACACUCCAAACAACAAUGAAGAAAUAACUGAUACAGCAGAAACUUCUGUGAAAGAAGAAUAUUGUGUGUAUAAUACUUAUAAACACACAGUUUCAGAUGGCAUUAAAGAUGAAAUCAAACCUGCAUUGGAAGACAACAGUGUGCCACCAAAGAGAAAGAGGAUUACUUACUCUCAAAUAGUUAAAGAAGGCAGGAGGUUUAAUAUUGAUCUGUCAUCGAAGCUGCUUUAUUCUCAAGGACUGUUAAUUGAUCUGUUAAUCAAAUCAAAUGUUAGUCGUUACGCAGAAUUUAAAAAUGUCACUAGGAUUCUUGCAUUUCGAGAAGGAAAAGUAGAGCAGGUGCCUUGUUCCAGAGCAGAUGUCUUUAAUAGCAAAGAGCUCAGUAUGGUUGAAAAGAGGAUGCUAAUGAAAUUUCUUACAUUUUGUUUAGAUUAUGAACAACAUCCAGAGGAAUACCAAGCUUUCACACAAUGCUCAUUUUCAGAGUAUUUGAAAACCAAAAAAUUAACCCCCAGCCUCCAACAUUUUAUACUUCACUCAAUUGCCAUGACAUCAGAAUCAUCUUGCACUACAGUAGAUGGCCUUAAAGCAACAAAAAACUUUCUUCAGUGUCUUGGACGGUUUGGCAACACUCCCUUUUUGUUUCCCUUAUAUGGCCAAGGCGAAAUUCCCCAGUGUUUCUGCAGGAUGUGUGCAGUUUUCGGUGGAAUAUAUUGUCUUCGCCAUAAAGUACAAUGCCUUGUAGUUGACAGAGAAUCUGGAAGAUGUAAAGCAAUUAUAGAUCACCUUGGUCAAAGGAUCAAUGCUAAAUACUUCAUUGUGGAGGAUAGUUACCUAUCUAAGGAAACAUGUUCGAGUGUGCAGUACAAGCAGAUCUCCAGGGCAGUGCUCAUUACGGAUCAGUCUGUCCUAAAGACAGAUUCAGAUCAGCAGAUUUCCAUUUUGACAGUACCUCCGGUGGAACCAGGAGCGCAUGCUGUCCGAAUCACUGAAUUGUGUUCUUCAACCAUGACAUGCAUGAAAGACACCUACCUGGUGCAUCUGACCUGUUCAUCUUCCAAAACAGCAAGAGAAGACUUAGAAUCAGUGGUGAAGAAAUUAUUUACCCCGUAUUCUGAGACAGAAGUAGACCAGGAAGAACUUCCAAAGCCAGAACUCUUGUGGGCUCUUUAUUUUAACAUGAGAGAUUCCUCGGGAGUCAGCCGAAGCUCUUAUAGUGGCUUGCCUUCCAACGUUUAUGUCUGCACUGGGCCUGACUGUGGACUUGGAAGUGAGCAUGCCGUCAAGCAAGCUGAAACACUCUUCCACGAGAUCUUUCCAAGUGAAGAAUUCUGCCCCCCGCCUCCAAAUCCGGAAGACAUUUUCUUCGACAGUGAUGAAAAGCCAGCAGAGCCUCUUGGAACCAAUAAUAUAAUAAUGGCCAAACUAGAAUCCUCUGAAGGGAGCAAAAACCUAGAAAGUUCAGGGAAGCACCUUCAAAACUAGAAAGAAAAAAAACAAACUGGAAAUGCUGCUUUGGGUCUUCGUCCUGGCAUCAGAAUAUUCUCAUUUAAAGGACCGUUUCCUGUAUGAGUAAUUAGAUGUGGUUAUAUGAUGAAUGCCAUGCAGAUGUUGUUUAUAAUUCUCUUUGUGACUUCCAGUCAUUGGAUGCAUUUGUUAACCUAUCAGUAACUGAUUUAUUGGUUAUUGGACUUGCUUUUGUUUCAGAAAGGUCUCCAUGACCCAGAAUUAGGUUUAUUUUAGUACUGGGUAUAUAUGUGAGAGUUCCAUGUUAGCAGUGGUGCUUAAAGGAAAAUGAUAUUAAAUCUGCUGAUUAUCUUCAAAUUUCAUUAUUGUCUACAGAAUGGUGAUAUCUAAAGAAUAUUUUAAUUAUUUUUACAGCUAUUACAGUUGCUACCACCUCUGAGUAGUGAAACACACACAGCGGAAAUUAUGUGGGUCUUUUGUUUAUAAUAUAAACAUAUAGAUAUGGUGGCAGCAAUAGCAACUAAUGCAAGUGCCAAUGUGAUAAAAUAUGUUUGUAAUUGUUGGAAGAAUAGUUUUGCAUGAUCUUUUAUUUGUGAAGGUGAUGUUUAGAAUGCAUCUUGCAGUUUAAUUCUCUUGCUUGACCCUUGUAAUCAAUGAGGUAGUGAUGUCACCCCAGUCUUACACAUUGUUGGAAAGAGUCAGAGAGUUCAGUUAAUAAUUGCAAAGCUCAUUCUUGGGAGGUUUGGUCCAGAGAAAAUCUAGGGGGAAAGAUUAGUUCCGGUUCAAUACUUUAGAAAAUUUCUGCAGAGCACUGCUCUGACACCUAAAAGAAAAGAACUUCUAAGUAAUUCAGGCUAAAGAAAAAAUAAACUGCUCCAGGAAAAGAUAUUUCAGAAUGCCUGUUCUGAAAUUGCUAAGGGGGGAAACUGAGUGAAGCAUUUUUAACCUAGGAUUACAGAUGGUUUUAAAAGUCCAUCUGUGAGUAGAUUUCCCAGGAUUUCUCAAUGAAAGUGAAGCACACCAUCUUGUUGGCCCCACCACUUUAAUUAGUAACACUGCAGUUGUUAGGAGUCAAUCGGAGGAAGCUUUACCAUGUCCCUUUGGCUGUGUCCCAGCAAGUAACAAGGUGCAUGCCUUCAUAAUCAGCUCCUGCCUCUUAGUUGUUAUCUAGAAGAUAGAAACAUUUUUUUUCCAGAACCACCAGAAGUUAUAAAGCUGCUUAUGUUCUAGCAGGGCAAGCUUGUGGAACUGUCAGAAGAAGUAAACUUCCUUCCUAAGUCACCAUUUCCAUUCCUCAGACAGAGAAUGAUAAUCCUAUAGGAAAUAAGCCCUUUAAUUACAAUUUUUUGCCCUGGAACAGAGCAUUUACUAUGUGCUACGCACUUAUUGUACUCUCUCAUUAUAGUUUCUCAACAACUCUGUGAGGCAGAUAAUACAUUUUCAGAGAGGAAAUAACGACAAUAAUUCACUCUGAGUUGGGUUUGUGGCAGAGCCAACAUUGAAAUCCAGGCUUUCAUGAUUUCAAAAUCUUUCAACUAAUAUUAACUAUUAGAAGAGUGUAGGCACUGAAGGAGAAAGAAAAGAUUACUGGCUCAUGAGAACGAGUCCAGCAUUGCUAGUGAAGCAAAGUAGGCAGACAUCUCAGCUUAUUACUGAGUCAGAGAAAUAGGAAAGUAAAGAUUAAUUAAAAAUACAUGUAACUUAGAGCUGUGGAUCUCACUGAAGUAGAAUUUGUCUAAACUUUAACACAAUUAUCCUUUUUAAUUUAUGUUUUGAUUAUGAUGUUAUAAAAAGUAACAUGUUACUAGAGCAAAAUAUGCUCUAAAUAGACUUGUUGCUCUUCUAUAUGUGAGGAAAAUGAAACAAGAACAAUUUAAGUAAAUUUCAACUUACUGAAGUAGAGAAGUCAUGAAUUGAUAUUAAUAUAUAUAUUUUGAAUCUGUUAUUGCAAAUAUGUUAUUGGUUGGCUUCUAGGCUUAUACUUAUCAAAACAACUGAAAUGUCUGAAAUAGACUGAAAAAUUAGUUAUUGAAAUGUAAAAGAAUUUGAGAUGUUAAAUUAAAUGGAAGUGAAAGUAAUCCAGACCUAUUGAAAAUAUUUUAAUUUCAAUAUGAGGAAUAUUUUUAUUCAUAAGAAUUUGAGAAUAUCAAUGAGAUGUUGCAAAAGAUGAUAGAACCACAGUAAUAGAAACAGGAAAAUGUUAGAUUAGAUAAAAUAAGAGUUUUAAAAACUAACAAAUGAACUUAUUAUUACUUUCCUACUUGAAUACAGAUAAAUUGGAAAUAAAAAAUUAUUACCAAAUAAAAGCAUUUUAAAAAUUAGAGGAGAGUAUAAUUUUCUUUUCAUUCUUUUUUUUUUUAAGAUUUAUUUUAUUUUAAAAUCUUUAUUUUAAAGAUUUAUUUAAUUUUUUGAUGUGGACCAUUUUUUUAAAGCCUUACUGAAUUUGUUACAAUAUUGCUUCCUUUUUAUUUUUUGGUUUUUUGGCUGUGAGGCAUACAAGUGGGAUCUUAGCUCCCCAACCAGAAAUUGAACUCACACCUCCUGCAUUGGAAGGAAAGUCUUAACUGCUGGAUCACUAGGGAAGUCCCAACCUAGUAUAAUUUUCUGGCAAAUCCAUUUUACUCUUAUGGUCUUAUUGGUGAACUUUUUCAAAUGUUCAAAGAAUAAAUAAUAUCUAUGUACCAGAAAGAUGAUAUACUAACACUUGCAUUUUGAAGUUAAUAUGGCCUCAGUACUAGGAGGAAAACAUUUUGAAAAAGGUCUCAUCUGAACAAAUGCAAAAUAUUAGCAAAUGAAAAAUAGUUAUUUACUGUCACUCAGAAUUAUGCGAUUAGUGUUCAACAGAAUAACCAUUAAAUCAAUAUCAACAGAACAAAGUAAAAAUUCAAAGUAUUAACUACAGGUAACUUUAAAAAUAUUAAUAAAAAUAUUUAUUUAUCUCUGUUAAUGACUUUGUUGGUUUCUCAUUGUGAUAAGUAAUUAUUAAAACCAAGAACUUAUAUCAUUCCUGUUAGGGAAAAAUAAGAAGCAAUUCUCAACCAGAAAUUAAAUAAUCUUGGCACUAUUUUUUAUAUAUAGUUGAAGAAAACUCAUCAUUGUAAUAAAUCCUUAAUAAGCAUAUGUAAAUGAGAAAGAUAAGCACAAAUAUUUUCUAUUAGUAUGACUUUUAAACUAGUGAAACCUGUAGUAUCAUAAACAUAAAAGACUAAUUCAGAAAAUUGCAGGAUAUAUAACAUUUAAAAAUUAAUCUUAUUUCUAGAUUCCAGCAAUUUAAAGUGUUUGGGUAUUAGUAUAUGCAAGCCAUUUAAAGAAAGUUACACAACUAUGUUGGGAUAAAUUAAGAAAGAUGCUUAUGUAGAAGCAGAUUGAAGGAACUACAUUCUAGUAUAAUGGAAGGGAAGUAAAUAGGAAAUCUGAAAACCAAAAUUGUAGUCCUCACUUUACUACUUACAGUUGUAUCAUUAUGGGAAAAUCAUGCCUACUUUUCAUUUCAUCAUCUAUAAAGUAGAGAUAAUAUUUUCAGAAUUAUUGUGAGGAUUAAUGUAAAUGAAAUUAUGUCCAAAGAACUGGCAAUAAGGUGAAGUUAUUAUGUAAAUUUGCUACACUUCCACUUAACAUGGAUGGAUGGAUGAUUUAUAUAAUUUGACAGAAUUAUGAUAGUUUAGGCUAAUAAGCAAGCAAAGAUAUGUCUUUUUAACUUAGGAGGAAAAAGGGAUUCUUGCAUUUCAAGAUAUGGGGUAAAACCUACCUGCAUUAUACAAGGAUAAAGUACUCUAUUUUUUAAAAGGUAAAUGCAAAUCCAUAAGGCUUACUAGGCAAAUUUUAUGAAAGAAUUAAGUUCAAACAAGAAGAUAACAAAUAGAAGUCAAUUCUUAGAAUGGUAUUCAGAUUUCCUAAUAUCAAAAAUGCAAACUAAGCAACUUUGACAUAGUUCAUGCAAAACAAUUUUAAUUGCAUGUAUCCUCAUACCAGUAGCAUUAUUAUACUAGUUUUUUGAAGAACUAUUUAGAAAAAUAUAAUAAGAACCCUAUAACCAGUCUGUCUUUUGAUAGAUCUAACUCACUCUGAGUAGCAUAUGCCCAGGAAAAUAUUUUAGAAGGAAAAAAGGCUAUUUGUAUAAAGAUAUUUCUAGUGAGUGCAUUCAUUUGAAUUUUUAAAAGAGCCCUGUAAUUGGGAACUGGAUAAGUAAAUUUUCAUGUAUUGCUAUUGCUUUCAUAGACUGUUAUAUAGCCAUUAAUAGUAUUGAUAUAUGUAAAACUGUAUGGGAAAUGUUUAAAUGAGCCUCGAAAGUGUUAAGUUAUUGUAUUUACUGAUUGUGUAAAAAUUGAGGUCUCUACUUUGGAAAGAAUCAGAAUAAAGCAUUGUAAUUAGA